AUUUUUACAGCGGCUAAUUCUUUACUACUUCUUCUUUCACUAUUGCUGUUAGGUUGGUAUACUGUUUUGCUGCUGUUGCUGCUGUUGCUGCUGUUACUGUUACUGUGUUACUGUUAGUGCUGAUUGGUGCUUGUUGGAUUCACUUAAUUUAGCCGCCUGAACACUCAUUAUAAGCUGUUUUUUAAGAUGUCAGAUCAAGAAUCUAAAGAACAAUUGGUGUCAAAUAACCAACCAAGGAAAAGAUCCAAAGUCUCUAGGGCUUGUGAUUCUUGUAGAAGGAAAAAAAUUAGAUGUGACGCCGAAUAUUCAUCUAUUCUUUCUAAGGUUACUAAAAUAUGUACGAAUUGCUCCAAGAAUAAUGAGAACUGUUUGUUUUCAAGAGUGCCAUUGAAAAGAGGACCUUCCAAAGGGUAUAUUAAGGAUUUGGAGGAAAAAUUAGAAAUCACAACACCUUCAAACAAUAAACCAAGAGCAAGAUCUUUUGGUGAUAAUCACUCACCUUUGAAAUCAAUUAAUACUAAUUUCCCUAAUGCUAGUUCAAAUCCCAACUCAAAUUCUUCUCCUAUAAUAUUACCUCCUUUAUUGCAACAGAAUCCUCAAUCUCAACAACCAACCUCUCCAUCAAUUCAAUCAAAAAAUGUCUUACCUCCAGUAAUUAAAAAGUCAUUUUCUUCCUCUUCUCCUUCAAGUCCAAGAAAUAGCUUGACGGUUAAUGAUUCUCAAUCUUUAACUAAAGCAACUAGCCCUCCUAUUCAAGGUCCUUUUUGGAAAGUUCCUUAUGAGAUGCCCGGUAAUAGCUUGGGAUUAUCUAAUGGUUUAAAUUCAAAUAAUAAUUCAAACUCAAACACUAGAAGAUCUUCUCUUGAUUCUUUAAGUUCAACUUCAACUACAAAUUCAAAAUCAAGAUUACCCCUGUUAAAACCUUCCUUAUCAAUCAAUAGUGACAAUAUGAUAAGUGAUUCUGAUGACGAUUUUUAUUCAAUUAAAUCCAACUUUAGAAAUUCCACCCAAUCAUUAAGUCCUCGUAAUUCGGUCUCAAGCUUAUCAAGUUUGUCAAAUAAAAUUAAUAAAAACUUAAAUUUAAAUCCAUCAAAUAAUAAUUUAACUCCUCAUUUACCUCAAUUAUUUCAAUUACCUCCAGUUAACCCUUCAGGGUUUUCUCCUUUUCCUUCUAAUCAUUCUCAUUUCCAACCUCCGGUUUCUGGUCAUGCCCCUCCUCCUCCUCAUCCACCUUCUGCUCCAGGCCAUAAUUAUGCUCCAGGACCAAUUCCUGCCUUUACCCAUGCUCCGACCUAUCCACCUGGACCUGGACCUGGAUCGGUUCCCCCAAAUUCUGCUUCGACAUACUUUACUACUACAAUCAACUCCAUCGAAACAAACUUGAAGAUUUAUUAUAUCAAAUUCCAUCCGAAUUUCCCAAUCUUACCCUUCAAUCACUCAAUAAUUAAUACUUCCCUAGAAUCAUUCAAUUAUCUAGACGAUUUUCAAAAAAAUAUCAUUGAAUUGUUCAAUUUAAGUUUAAAUAGUUUGAUCCAUUACCAAUACUCAAAUUUAAAUAACUUGAUCAAUUUAUUCCAUAAAGUUUUAUCAAUUUACCCUUUCAAUCAAUUCAAUAUCAAAAUUACUGAUGAUUUAUUAGUAUUGUUUUUUUCUUCCUUGGUUUUAAUUAAUUAUACCAUACUUUUAAAUGGUGAUAUAUACUCUUUGGGGAUCUCGUUGACUCUUUCAACUUUAAAUGAUUUCAAAGUUUUGGAAAAUUUUAAUGACUUAAUCAUCUCAGACUCAAAAUUUGACUUUGAUAAUAUUAAGUUUUUCCUACCAAAAAUUUAUUAUUCCAUUUACUUGAUUGAUCAUUGUUAUUGUUUGAGUUUUGGUAUUCAAUCUUCUAUUAACACAAAUUUUGAUUUAUUAUUUGAUAACCUAAAUCUUUUGGUUCCUUCAAAUUUCGUCCAUGGCUUCUUGAAUUUCAAAAUAAAUAAGAUUGUUCAUGAUGUAUUGUCUUCAAGAAAUGAUAAAAUUUUCAAAAAUCUCGGUAAAGUGAAAAGAUACGAUCCAAACUGGGGUAAUCUUAUAUCAUCUUCAAGUAAUAACUAUAAUUUUGGAUCACUUUUUGUAAAUUUGAUUAAAGAUAAAUAUGAAUUAACAGAUUAUUUAAUUGAAAUUUUAAAUCUAUUGAAUUCAAUCAAUUUUAAAAGUAUUGAUGAUGAUGAUGACUCUUUGGAAAUCUUAAAUGAUUAUCAACUCAAAUUAAUUAGAUUAUUGAAAAAAUUAUCAACCUCAAUAAUCAAUUUAUCAAAUUAUAUUUCAACUUUAAAUUCACAAUUAAAGAAGAAUUUAAAUACUACAAACGAAAUUUAUAAUCCUUUUUUAAAUGUCAGUUACGGCCAAUUAUUCAAAUUAAUUAAAUUAUCCAAGUUAAUCACUGAUUCUUUACUAAACCAUAAUAGUAAUGAUGAACUAUUGAAUCGUUCACUUAAAAUUAAUAAUGAUUUAUCGAUUUCGUUCAAUUUAUUAACCUCGAAUUUAAACUAUCAAAACACCUCAAAUAAUUCAACACCAAAUCUUAAAACAAAAUCUCCUAUAGGUGAGUCCAAUUAUGGUUUAGGUUCAGUGUCCAUUAAUUUGAUUAAGAAUAAAAUUGAAAUUUAUAAUUUAUCUUUUAAUCAAAAUAAUAAAUUGAAUUCAAAAGCAAGCAUUCCAAAUAAUAUACGAAUGAAAUCUUGGAAUGACGAUUUCGUCAAUACAAUUAUACCUUUUGUUGAUAGGGAAGACGUUGAUGGUUGGUAUUAA